AUGGAGGCGUCCAAGCGCGUCGUGUUCGUGUCCGUCAAGGGGCGGGACGACAGCAGGCCGAGGACGCGAAGGAAGCGCGCGCUGGGCGUGAGCGAGACCGCGACGUGGGACGAGUUCGUCGCGCUCAUCCGCGCGCGCCUGCAGCUGGAGAACGUCCGAGCCAUCUACCACGCGUCGACGAUGACGCCGCUGACGUCGAUGAACGAUCUGCAGGACAUCGAGGACCUCGUCGUGGACGGCGACGAGGCCGCGAGCGUGUCGAUUCCCAUUCCCGCGACGUCGACCGGAGGUUCGAACGGAGGCGCCGCGGCGGCGGGCACGGGCGCGGCGGCGAAGGCGUCGGGGAAAUCCAAACCCAAGUCGACGCUCCCGAGGCUCGCGCCCAAAGCCCGCGAUACGCCGCUCGGACGCAAAGGCCGCGACGGCGAGGACCCGGACGGCGGAGAUAAGUACAAGAAGCGCGCCAGCGUCUUCAUGCAGUUCGUGCAGAAGAUCGCGCCGUCGUGGGGAGGCGCUUUGGAGGCGCAAGACGCGUUGGACGCGUUGGAGAAGGGCGCGAGCCGCGCGGUGCUCGGGACGCCGGGAAGGGUCGGCGGGGUCAAGAGCCGGGGUCGGCGGGGUCGGCGGGGUCGGGACCCGCGGAGUUUGAUCGGUGGGCUCGCGAUCGCGUGUUCGGUCGCGACGAUGGUGUAUCUGUACAACAAGUUAGGCGCGGCGACCGCGGCGGCGGGAGGAGGGCCGUAG